AGGAAUACGAGGAAAAUCGAGCUAUUACAAUGAAUUUUUGCGACGUAAGGGUUUGAAAAUAAUAGGUUGGAUAAGAUUUUAUUGCACAGUAUUUGUGUACAUCCUAUAAAAUCGUGUUGCUGGCGUACGCGGAAUCCCAGGCGAAAUCUGUUGACUCGCUACCCCGUGGGUGCAAUAGACAACGUAUUGGUUGACAUGGACAGUCAGCGUAUCAAAGAGCUAAAAGUCUUUGUUGACCUUUUAAAGUCAAAGCCAGAUAUUUUGAAUCUUCCUGACUUAUCGUUCUUUAAGGAAUGGCUUUUGAGUCUUGGUGCCAGAUUGCCUACCUCUGCGACUGGAAACUCACGGUCUGCGGAAAAGUGCGAGUCCCCGGAAGUUGAUUCUGGGGCCGAGAGUACGACAUCGGAAUCCGAGAUUGAGUUUGAUGACGUGGAUGUUUUGCCCGAAGACACUGAUCCGCACCCCGAAAUGGGGGACGAAACGUUGGAAGUCACUGACGAUAUGCUAGAAAAGGCGGAUGAAAAGCGUUCUGAGGCGCAAUCUAAGUAUUCUGAAGGCGAAUUCGCCGCUGCCGUUGAGCUCUUCACAGAGGCUAUCAAACUCAACCCGACCUCUGCUUUACUCUACGCCAGACGAGCAAGUUGUUUCAUAAAGCUUAAGAAACCUUGUGUAGCAAUUCGGGAUUGCGAUAAAGCAAUAGAACUAAACCCGGAUUCUGCUCCUCCGUAUAAGUGGCGGGGUUUCGCAAACAAAAUGUUGGGUCGGUGGGAGGCUGCAUUCAACGAUUUUCAGACUUCCUUGAAGUAUGACUACUCGCAGGAUGCAUACGACGCAAUGAAGGAAGUGGAGCCCAAGCACAAACGUAUCUAUGAGCACAACAUGAAGUACAAGAGAAAACGAGAGGAAAAACUAGAUCGCCAACGCCGGGAGCGUAUAAGGAGGGCACAGGAGGCUCGCGAGAAAGCGUCACGUGAGGCUAAUGAUAAUCAGACGCCAUACGGAAGUGGAAACAUGGGAGACACCUUUUCUCAAUUGUUCAGCGACCCGGAGUUGAUGGCAGCCAUGCAGGAUCCCGAGGUAUUGGAAGCCUUCAAAGAUGUUUCACCCAACCCCGCCAACAUUCACAAGUAUCAAAAUAACCCGAAGGUGAAGAAAGUACUAGAAAAGCUGCAGAGCAAAUUCGGAGGCGGAAUGCCUGGCAUGCCUGGUGAGAUGCCCUUUGAUUUCGAUUCUAACUUCUCAAUGCCCAAUCAAGCUACCCCUGAUUUAGACUGAAGUCAAUCACUUCUAUGCUUCGGCAAAGCCUUCAAUCCCUCUGUUCCAUCAUUGCCGCUUUGUACUUCGUUCUAAUAAAUUCAAACUAAUUAA